AUGGCUAUAAAGAGGCAAUCGCACAAGAGAAUGCCUAGUUAUAAGUCAUUUGAAAAGAUAAAUACGAAAGAUUCAUCGAAUGAAUUUAUAUUUGGACUUCAAAAAGAAAAAUGUCCAAACGGAACUGUUCCCAUUCGAAGAACAACAAAAGAUGAACUCAUUCAGGGAAAAUUAUCAUUUUAUAAUCAAAACAUGUUUGAAAGUGUUCCCGGUGUUCAUGCUGCAGAAAUAUAUGUUACACCAGAUUUCAGUCCUUUUUAUAAAGUUAAGGGAACAAACAGCAUUUAUAAUCCAAGACUCAGGACCAAGGUUCAAGAAAGUCUUGCUCAAGUGGCUCCACAAAUAUACGGUGGUAACAGUGCAACUUAUUUCUACUCACUAUGGACAACAGAUAAUUUCGACAAGACGGGAUGUUACAAUCUCCAAUGCCCAGGUUUUGUCCAAACGCAUCCGUAUAUGUUCCUUGGUUCACGCGUGGGCAAAGUAUCUAUCUACGGAGGGCGUUCCAUUGAGACUAAUUUUACUAUUACUUUGGACCGAGAAACUCAAAAUUGGUGGCUGAAUCUUUUUGGGCAUGAUGUUGGAUAUUAUCCAGGGAGAUUAUUCUCAAACCUGACCUCGGCAGAGAGAGUGGGGUGGGGUGGGAGAACAUUUACUCCUCCUAACACUAUCAGUCCUCAAAUGGGAUCUGGUUAUUUUCCAGAUAACAACUUUGUUCAUGCUUGUUACUUUAUAUAUAUCUCCAUUCAAGAUCGAGGAAGAACAGAUUUUGGACCUGAAAAACACAUGACAGAGGCUUUUGUCGACGACCCUGAUUGUUUUAAUGCCGAACACUAUGGAGAUGAAGGAGGAAAUGUCGGAAAUACAAUCCAAUUUGGAGGACCCGGUGGCCAAUGUGGUAAUUGA